CAGAGCGACAGGAAGUAAACAGCCAUGUGUUGAGGCUCAAAGAGGAAGAAGAGCCAGUGGAAGUCAGCCCUGUGGCCCAAAAUCAGCUGACCUCAGAGGAGAUCAUGACAAGCCACCAUCUCUUUACUGUCAAAUCUGAGGACCACAGCCUGACUGGGAGCCAAACUGGAGCCAAAAUGGUGGACCAGUGUCUCCAUGGUCUUCAAACCGUCUGUCACCCUGCCUCCAAGACAACAACCAAUGUAAUCAAUGGAGCUAACGGCUUCCAGUUUCGAGUGAAACUUGAAGAUCUGGAGAUCUCAGAAAUGAGCCGUCACCUCCUCACCGGAGCCAAGAUGGAGGACAAUCGUCCGGCUAACGCGGAAAUUGCAGAAAGGCCUUUUUCUGGAGUUAAAAUGAACAAGUUUUUCUCUGGGGUGAAGAUGGAAGACGCGUUUCUCUCAGGAGCCUCCACGGAGAACGGGUUCAUGCCUGGAGCCAAGAUGGCGGCUCAGGUUUUUACCGGCGCAAAGAUGGAGGAGCAGCUUUUCUUUGGAGCCAACGUGGAGGAGCAGUGCCUGCGAGCGGUGCUGUGGCAGGACAUGUCUGUGAACCUGGCCUCCACGCUGCUGCAUCAGCUCUCAGGUAACAAACACCUGCUCAAGGACUUCUCCUCAUUUACAGACCUGCAUCUCAAGGUCUGCGAUCAAAACUUCUCAAGAACGUGA